AUGGCGCGAUCUCGUCUCUCUCGUCCUUACCGGGGUGGAUCGUCUUUUGAACAAGUUUCAAACCAAAAAGGUGAAUUCAUCAUGAUUGAAAGCACUGGAAGUACAGAAAUGAACAAUGAUGAAAUUCUGCCACUUUCUAAUAAACCCUAUGUUGGUAUGGUUCUUACUAAGAGCAGUGUUAAGCCCAUCUACAGUUCAUAUAUAUAUAUAUAUAUAUANCUUCCUUUUGCUGGAGCCCCUGCAGUCCUUACUUACGAUGGAAAGAAGUGGAACUUGUUUUAUGGUGGAGCCAAAACUAAAUACAAAUUUAGUACUGGAUGGAAAAAUUUUGCGGAUGAUAACAAUCUAAAAGAGGAGGAUGGACUUGUAUUUGAACUCUCAGAGUGCAACUCUGACAAAAUCGAAUUCAAAGUACAGAUUCUAAGAGAAGAUUUUCAAGCUGAAUUGGUUCCUGAAGAUGUGGAGGGUAUAAACACAAACAACCCCAAUAAUAAUUGA